AAGAAGAAGAAGAAGAAGAAGAAGAAGAAGAAGAAUAAGAAGAAUAAGAAUACAGUUAGUAGAGAGGCGGAACGUUUGUGUUCGCUACAAUGGUUCUGGGGUACCGCUUAGAGGGACGGACGUUUCCGGUGUUUCCUCAGAAGCGAUCUGGAAGGAAACACAUGACACCGUGGACUCAUUGGUCCUGUUUCGCCGGCUUAAUACAGGUAUCAUCACUGCUCAGGAAGUGAAACUCAGACACUCGCUGCCACUGAGAGGGGAAAUGGCGCAGAAAGGAGUUCAGCUGGACCGGGAAACCUUCUCUUGUUCGAUCUGUCUGGAUCUACUGAAGGAUCCGGUGACGACUAUCUGUGGACACAGCUACUGCAUGAAGUGUAUUAAAGGCUUCUGGGAUGGAGAGGAUGAGAAGAAGAUCCACAGCUGCCCUCAGUGUAGGCAGAGCUUCACACCGAGGCCUGUCCUGCUGAAAAACACCAUGUUAGCAGCUUUAGUGGAGGAGCUGAAGAAGACUGGACUCCAAACUGCUCCUGCUGAUCACUGCUAUGCUGGAGCUGAAGAUGUGGCCUGUGAUGUCUGCACUGGGAGAAAACUGAGAGCCUGUAAGUCCUGUCUCGUGUGUCUGGCCUCUUAUUGUGACAAACACCUCCAGCUUCAUAAUGAAUUACAUGUCUUGAAAAAGCACAAGCUGGUGGAGCCCUCCAAGAAGCUCCAGGAGAACAUCUGCUCUCGUCACGACGAGGUGAUGAAGAUGUUCUGCCGCACUGAUCAGCAGUGUAUCUGUUAUCUCUGCUCUGUGGACGAACACAAAGGCCACGACACAGUGUCAGCUGCAGCAGAAAGGACUGAGAGGCAGAGAGAGCUGGAGGGGAGUCGACAAAACAUCCAGCAGAGAAUCCAGGACAGAGAGAAGGAGGUGAAGCUGCUUCAGCAGGAGGUGGAGGCCGUCAAUGGCUCUGCUGAUAAAGCAGUGGAGGACAGUGAGAAGAUGUUCACUGAGCUGAUCCGUCUCAUGGAGAAAAGAAGCUCUGAUGUGAAGCAGCAGGUCAGAUCCCAGCAGAAGAGUGAAGUGAGUCGAGUCAAAGAGCUUCAGGAGAAGCUGGAGCAGGAGAUCUCUGAGCUGAAGAGGAGAGAUGCUGAGCUGAAGCUGCUGUCUCACACAGAGGAUCACAACCAGUUUCUGCUCAGCUACCCCUCACUGUCAGCCCUCAGUGAACCUACACACUCAUCCAGCAUCAACAUCCGUCCUCUGAGCUACUUUGAGGACGUGACGGCGGCCCUGUCAGCAGUCAGAGACAAACUACAGGACAUCCUGAGAGAGGAAUGGACAAAUGUCUCACCGACUGAAGUGGAUGUUUUACUGUCAGCAGCAGAGCCCACCACCAGAGCUGGGUUCUUACUAUAUUCACAGGAGAUCACUCUGGAUCCAAACACAGCACACACACAGCUGUUAUUAUCUGAGGGGAGCAGAAAAGCAACAAACAUGAAACAACAACAGUCUUAUUCUAGUCAUCCAGACAGAUUCACUGGGGGAGGGUCUCAGGCCCUGAGUAGAGAGAGUCUGACUGGACGUUGUUACUGGGAGGUGGAGCAGAGAGGGGAAGGAGUUUGUGUAGCAGUCGCAUACAAGAAUAUAAUCAGAGCAGGGAAGGUGAAUGAAUGUGGAUUUGGAUACAAUGACAAGUCUUGGGCAUUAUAUUGUAACCAAAACAGAUAUUCAUUGUUUUACAAAAGUAUCCACACUCCCGUCUCAGGUCCUUGGUCCUCCAGAGUAGGAGUGUACCUGGAUCACAGAGCAGGUAUUCUGUCCUUCUACAGCAUCUCUGAAACCAUGACUCUCCUCCACAGAGUCCAGACCACAUUCACUCAGCCGCUACAUGUUGGAGUUUGGCUUUAUGGUAAUGGAGACACAGCUGAGUUGUGUAAACUGAAAUAGCCUGAAGUCAUUUGAGGAACUCUUCUACUUCUUAAACUCAUUGUGUGUCCAUCAUUGUUGCUGAGAGCUGAUUGUUCAUGUCUUCACUGCACAGAGAUCAGCUGUCA